AUGGCAAUGUUUCCAAUUGAACUUCCUUUCAGCGAUGCUCCCGUCGAGCGUGGCGCGAUUCUGAGUCCCCCAGGUACCAGAGUCUACCAAGUCUUCCUGGCAGUCUACCACCGAGGCGAGCUCUCUCUUGGCGAAUACCGACGACGCCUAGGCUUCUCUGCUUACCACUGGGCCAUCCUCCUCUUCGAUGCACCAAACAACCGCUACUACGCCUUCGACGUGACUGACGGAGCCUCGCCCGACCCAGUGUACCGACGCGACCUCAACCCCGAUUACCAAUGGACCUACCGCGUCAAGAACAACGUUCACCCGGCCUCCUGCGACUCUCUCCUGAUCCGCAUGGCAAUCGGCGAGGUCAACGAUGGAGUCGGCCCCGACUCCAUCAAGAUCCUUCUUCGUUCUGUCCCCCUGCCCAUUAAGGGGGCUGAGCCUGUCCAGAACUGCGUCACCUGGAUCAAGGCCGCUAUUCACAAGCUUCGCUUCCAUGGCUACGCCAGCGACUUGUACAACGUUGACGCCACCGUUGACCGGGCCCUCGCUUAUGCUGAUCUCCGGAUCAUGGACCCCGUCAAUUCGGUCUCUGUUAUCGAUCAUCUCGGCAAUGAGAUGGUCCAGAAUGUGUACCUGGAGUGA